GCGCUCCGCCAUUUCCGAGGUCUUAGAAAUAGCGCACUGUAGAGGCCAGAAGGUUCUACAAACUACAGAUCCCAGCUGGCUUUGCGGUGGAAGGAGGGCGCCGUUUCCGGUCCGCAGUGUUAGGAGAGGAAGUUGUGAUUGUUUGUAUGUGUGACGAUAGAAGGAGGAGUCAGGGUGUGAGGUGAUCAUUGUAUUGGGCAGACAGUGAUCAUACCCGGCUUGAUGGACAGUGGGGAAGGCUUCAGUACAAAGUGUUAUCUAUCUUCCUCUUUUCCCCGGAACCCUGAAUGAGUGACUCUGCAUGUUCUUUCUACAGGAAGGAAAGCUUCAAGGAUCGGCUCAACGAUGAAAAUCAAGGAUGCAAAGAAACCAUCUUUCCCAUGGUUUGGCAUGGACAUUGGUGGCACACUAGUGAAGCUAGCCUAUUUUGAACCAAUCGACAUUACAGCAGAAGAAGAGCAGGAGGAAGUAGAAAGCUUAAAGAGUAUACGUAAAUAUCUGACUUCCAAUAUAGCCUAUGGUUCCACAGGCAUACGAGAUGUUCAUAUGGAGCUGAAAGACUUGACGCUGUUUGGUAGAAGGGGAAAUCUGCACUUUAUUCGUUUUCCAACCCAUGAUCUACCAACAUUUGUUCAAAUGGCAAGGGAUAAGAAAUUUUCAACUCUUCACACUGUUCUGUGUGCCACUGGAGGUGGGGCUUAUAAAUUCGAGGAAGAUUUUCGUACAAUUGGGAAUCUUCAGCUGCACAAGGUGGAUGAACUGGAUUCCCUUGUUAAAGGAUUGCUGUUUAUAGAUUCUGUCCGGUUUAAUGGACAGGCUGAGUGCUAUUAUUUUGAAAAUGCUUCACACCCUGAACAGUGCCAGAAGAUCCCAUUUAAUCUGGAUGACCCCUACCCUUUACUAGUUGUGAACAUUGGCUCUGGAGUCAGUAUUCUAGCCGUUCAUUCAAAGGACAGCUAUAAGAGAGUCAGUGGAACAAGUCUUGGUGGUGGGACCUUCCUUGGCCUCUGCAGUUUACUGACUGGAUGUGAUAGCUUUGAAGAGGCUCUUGAAAUGGCAUCAUCUGGUGAUAGCACAAACGCUGAUAAAUUGGUACGGGAUAUAUAUGGAGGGGAUUAUGAACGGUUUGGACUUCCUGGCUGGGCAGUAGCAUCAAGUUUUGGCAAUAUGAUAUGCAAAGAUAAACGAGAGUCUGCUAGUAAAGAAGAUUUGGCUCGUGCUACAUUGGUAACCAUAACCAAUAAUAUUGGAUCAAUAGCAAGGAUGUGUGCUGUCAAUGAGAAAAUAAACAGAGUAAUUUUUGUUGGAAACUUUCUCCGUGUUAACACACUGUCUAUGAAGCUUCUUGCAUAUGCAUUGGAUUAUUGGUCAAACGGUCAACUCAAAGCCUUGUUUCUGGAACAUGAGGGUUACUUUGGUGCAGUUGGUGCUCUAUUAGGAUUGACCAAUUUUUCUUGAAUUGCCAUACAUUAUCAAGUUGAAGAAGUAUGACCUUUGUUUCCCAAGUUUUAGAAAUACAUAAUUUGUAUACAUCGAAGAAGAACUGUGGCUCAAAGUUGGUGGGCAUUGUUUUUGUUUUUUUGGGCAGUGUUUUAAUUUGUUUUCAUUAAUGCCAUGAGUGAUCCACUGGAAAGCCAUCACAGUCUGCCAUCGAAUGGAACAUACGCAGUGCUUGCCUUUCAGUAGUCAUUAUUUCUGUAUACUGAACUGGUAUUAAGGAAAAGAAAAACGGGAAUGAACAUACUGUGCUGCACUGACUUUAAACAUUCACAUUCACAACGUUAUUGGCAGCUAAUGUCUUAAAAUGGAUUUUCCAUAUGAUAUGCAUCUAGUAUGUCUUGUAUCUAUGCCACUAAUUUAAGUUUGACCGAUCUUAACUGUGAUAAAGCUUACUAGAGUUAAUUUAGUCAUUCCUUUUAUUGUUAUGAAGGGCCAGUUUGUGGCUUUUAAUUUUAAGUAGCAGUUUUGGCAAUUUUUUGUUUUUGCAAUUUCAUUUCUCCCGGCAUUUAUAAGGGGACACAAUAGAUCUUUGGUUCUAAAAGGUGGAGCUUUGCAUCUAGAAGGCUGAAAACUGGGCAAGGUACAGUUCAUCCUAGUGGCUAUACACACUACUUUGUUGAUUAAGCCAGUUUAACUUCGUGUCCAUAGGCGGUAGAUUGUCUGUCUGUCUGUCUCGAGCUCUGUAAUGUCUAGGUGCUUAAGAUUUUUGCAUUAUCAUUCAUACUCAACAGCUGCUGGCCAUGUCAUACUUUACCUCCUUAAUAUUGAAAAUUCAUCCUAGCAGCGUAUGUGUAGGUCAGUAUCAUACCAGACCAGUAUCCACUUCAGAAGCUCAUUCCCUCAAUGUCAUGUUGGACCCCUUGGCCUACAGCAGCCACGUUCUCAAUGUCAUACCAGACUCUAGAUUCAGAGAGUCACUGACAUUUUUACUCUCCUUACAAAUAGUGAAGAGGCUGUAGGAGAUGAGUUAGUUUCUCUACCCAAUAUUUAUUAUGCCUGGCUAACCUACUGGGGUGGAAGAAGCUUUACAUUAAUACCACCUGUUAACUUCCCUGAAGCCAUUUUCCCAAGCCCAAAUGCUUUAGUACCUUAUAUUAUACUCAUUCUCUGAGGAAUUGGUAAAAAAAAAAAAAAUGUUCUACUCCACUAUUGCCAGACCCACCUGUAGGUAGCCUAACAAGUCAACAAUUAUUCAAGUUGCCAUAUCUGCUUUUCCAAGUAUUGAGUUGAAAAAACGAAUACCUAUGUCAAGCUAUUCUUCUUCAGCAGCUGGUUCUGCACACAAUUUUUUUUCACCUGUACCCGGGUGUCUGGGCAAGAAUCAAGCAGCAGGACCUUGUGUCUAAAGGCUCAUCCUAACACCUGAACAAUACUCUGGGUCAGUUGAUCCAGGCAGCCAAGUACAUAUGUAAAACCUCUCUGGAGGGAGAUAAUUGAUUGCCCACUUCUACAGCUGCAGCUCAAGUGCUGGUCCUUGGACCACAAGUCUUCCCUUUUUUUCUUUUUUCUUUUUUCAAUGUCCCUUUUUAAGCGAUCACCAUUUUUGGGCAUCCAAGUCUUUUCUUAGCUUUGGAAAACAGGGUGGAGUAGUUUGUUGAGGUUUGCCAAAUUCUGCCUCUGCAACAUCACAGUUGCCUGGGAGAAGGAAGUAAUUUAGACAGGGUACAAAAUGCAUUUUGCUCUUAACAAGCUUUUCUCUUCCAAUCUUCUCCACUCACUUCUACAGGACUGAGCUUUUUUUCAAGUCUUUACAGGGCCUCUUUUAGGAAGUUGUGCUUACUGUAGCCUAGGGAGGCACAAAGGGAAGGUGUAGGGUGUUUUUUUUUUGCCUGGUUCCUUACUGCAUAGAGCAUGGGUGCUCAACCUGUGGCCUUCCAGCUGUUGGGAAACAAGUCCCAUGAGGCAUUGCAAGGCUGACUUUUAUAAGUAUGACUCCUAAAAGCAAAGGCAUGAUGGGACUUGUAGUUCUGCAACAGCUGGAGGGCCACAGGUUGAGCACCCAUGGCAUAGAGACAGAGAAUUUUACCCUUGGAUCUGGCGUGUCCCCCCAAUGAACUACCGGAGAAAAGGAUUUUACUGUGAGUGCAAUUUUUUUUAUACGUGUAUGCCAUGUGAUUGUUUUGCCUUAUGUUUCAGUUGACCAACCUGAGAGUUCAUUUCUGUCUCAUGUACAUCAGGCGUAUGUUUGAAAUUCAAAUGGUUACAUAGAUGUGUCCAAAUUUAGGCCAGCUUCACACCUAUGCAUUGUGCUAGUUUGCAGUGAUGCAUUGCAGUGCCAGUCAUUUUAAUUUUGAAAGAAAAAUUAAAACCCCUUGCGAACAUGCCUUGAGGCACGCUUGUUGGGCAAAAAAGUCCAAGCCUGAUUUUACGCAGCAUACAAUACUGCACGUUAUUGUACAUUCGUGAAUAUACACUGCAGUAAGGCAGUUCAUCUAUUGAAAAUGAAUGGGGCUGCUCUAAGGCAACACGUUGUGUAAGUGUGAAGGUGCCCUUAAAAGCUUAUUGUAUUUCAUCUACUGUAUCUGUUUUUCUCUGACAGUUAUGAGUCACUAUUGAAAUAUAUGCUGUUAACUGUAGCAGUAAGGAUGGUACUGUUAUUUCGUUUCUGUCCCAUCUGAACCUGUACAUUUUUUAAGCCUUACUUUUGAAAAUUAGUUAUGAUAAAGGAAGGUAAUAUUUUUUGUUUGUUACCGUGAGGGACAUGAUAAGUCAUGCACCUGUCAGUUCUACUGCUGUCUACAAGAGAAUUGGACAUUAAAUAAGUAAGCCAACCCACAAUAUCCCCUCCUACCAGUGUGCUUCACUGGAAAAGGGUCUAUCCUAAUUUUGCUAGCAUUAUCUUUUUCAUUCAUAUUAUUUUCUUCUACUAAGAAUCUUUUCUACAUUGCUGCUAAUGCUAGCCUGUUUGUAUAGCUGACUGGUGUGACUGUCUUCAGCCUAGCUCUUGGAGUGCCAUGCCCACUGAGGAGUCGCAGUCUUCUGCUGCUGCUGCUGCUGCUGCUACUACAAAAUGUAAUUGUUUGGGCUUUUAUUGAUGCGAUGCACACCACUCUUAAAAGGAUCAACGUGCAGUUUUCAGUCAAGAGCCCUGAACAGAUGUUUGCGCCUCCUAACCUACUACGAGAAAAGGAUCUUGUUAAAAAGUGGGUUGGCAGCGCUGUGAAUGCGGCCCUUUCUAGAGCUGACUAAUCAAAGACCAUUAAAAAAAGGAUCUUGUUACUACUUCAGUUGAUCCCUUGAUCAUAUAAUGUUCAGAACAAGUGAUUGUUGUUUUAAAGAAGGAGGAAAGUGCUGCCUUUUUUUUUUUUUUUCCCUGACCUGCAAAGUAAAGGCAUAAUGUGCUAGUAUGCAUUGCAUACUAACACAUUAUGUAAAACUUACCUGCACACGAAGCCCUCGUUGUCACCACUGAAAGCUGUAUUCAUCUUCGACCGUUUUCCUUCCAGGUCUGCGUCUGAGCCGCCGGUCAUGGCAGAAGAAACUGCACGGGAGGUCAUCGGCUGCAUAUGUAGUAAAUCUCUCUUAAAUGGUGCGUGCUUAGGAGAUAUUCACAGUACCUAUAGGUAAGCCUUAUUAUAUGCUUACCUAUAGGUGUAAACAAUCAAUGGAAAUUUACUUUUGAGCUGCUGGAGACUUCCUACCUCAUCUUCCAUAUGGGUCUCAGUACACAUGGGGUGGACACUUUGGUUAAAAUGUUGGACUGCUGUAACAGCAUAUUAAAAGCAUGUGCUCUGCAUUGCCUUCAAGAGACCAUGUCCAUUCAGAUCUACUCUGGAUACCAUUAUCAAGGAAUUUGGUUAGCCAAUGCGGACAUUUGGAUUUUAGGUGUUUGGGUGUAGAAAGUGGUUUCCUGGGUCUACAAGCUAGACUUUUUUGCUUUUAGCCUUUCAGGUCUCCUAGAUCUCCAGGUAGCCCCUCUUAGAUCUUCUGAAUCAAAGUGUCAGUUGCUGUGGCAGAAUGGUUUCAGAAGUUUUUUGGAUCUUAAAGCACUGAAUGUUUCAUUAAACCAGAGAAAUCUGUAUGGAAUCCACAAGGUAUGUUAUUGUUUCCUUUUGCCAGGGAGGUUUCUUGGCUUCUGUGGAAAUCAAGGACCCAUAACUACGUACAGGUCCCCUACUUUCAGUGUAUUCUAUGCUUUGCUGUGGGCCCCUGCACUUUCAGUUUGUGGCCCUCUUUUGCCCCUUGGAUGUUCAAAAAUCUGCUGGCCCUGGUACAAGCCCUGUUGUUCUCUAAUGGCAUCCACAUUGCAGAACAGUCAAUGCAGGCUCUAGUCUCAAUCAGCGGAUUGCACUAUUCCUGUCAAAAAGCACGCUAUUAUAGAUCUGUGAGAACUUCUUGAGCUUUUCAGCAUCAAGCAUCUGUUUCCCACAUUUUCAUGGCUGCCACCUGGUCUUCUAUUAACAAGUUCUCGAAGUUCUACCAGGCAGAUGUUCAUGCCUUGCAUUAUGCCAGCUUCAAAUGUAAGGGCCUUCAGGCAGCUCGUUCAGCUGCCAGCAGUCCCCAGUUUUGUUAUUUUUUCUUGGGCCUAUUAACAUUUGUUUGUUGUGUUGCCUACCCCUCAGUUUGACUACUUUUGGACGUCCUGAGGGCUAACGACUUGUGUCCCUCGUUGCAUUUUAAGAAAAACUACAAUUUGUAUACUUUGUAAAAUCCAUUUGAGGGACACGGGUCCCACCCCUCUGUGUUUUAUAAUCAUUCACUUGGUUCUGCUUUGCUACGAAACUGAGGCUUCCUGGUAGAAUGGGUUGUCCUGGGCUGGCCUACAACUUUUUUUUUGGAUGCCAGUUCUCUUGUAGGUGGCAGUAUAACCUGAAGGUAUACUCGUGUGCUCUUAAUGUACUCCAAAAAAAGGACUUUAUGGUAAGCACAACAACCCUGUUUUUUAUUUAUGUUGGAGCCAUUCUGGGAUAAAACAUCUGAGUUCUUAAGUUACCUCACUGGAAUGUAAAUGAUUCAUUGUGACCUUAAAUAUUCAUCUCUGUUGCCUUAUCAUAUGCUUGUAUUGAAAAUGUUUUUUCAUACACUAGUUCUUCAUGCCGAUGCCAGCUUUCUAAAAUUCUUCAUCAAGAGAGUUUUAGGGCUGCUGAACGUCAUGAAACCCUAAUACAGUUUUACGCAUUAGAAUCAGGAUCUCCUCCAUCUCUCUGAACCAGCUGCUGUGAAAGUUGCCAUCAACAUAAGAGUGUGUUGGGAAAUAGAUCUUUACCAGUGGCAAUGGCGUAUUAUAUAUUACAUAUAGUCGAAUUGUUCUUGACCUGGCAUGUGCCAUACAGCUAAAGUAUUUGUAAAUGUGCACUUUCUAGCAUUUUAUAUAGAGUAAAUGUGAUGUCACAAUUAUUGCUAACAUAUUAACAAAACUCAGAUUUUGUGGAUGUAAAAUGGACCCAGCACGAAAACAUACCGGCAUCAGUUUACUUUUUUUUUUUGGAAUGCCUUACAAUGUAAUUGUAAGCCUAAACUGCUGUUUACUUGAAAAUGCUUUGUAGUGUUACACACUGGGACACCUAAAAGAGAGGUGGGAUGUCUGUUAACCCCAGUGGGCUGAGGUGUGGUUAUUUCAUAUAUUAGAUUCCUGUACACUUCUGCAAUAUUUUUAGUGGAUCCUAACAUUCACAAGAGGCGAUCAUCGUUCUUUUUGCAAGCAAUGACAAGAGUAGUUGAAUAUUCGAAAAAUAUCUGUGUACUGAAAACAUUCACAACUAAGCAUAGGGCUAUUAAAUGUUUUACUGGAGAAAUACAUUAUAUAUAUAUAUA